CUUCUUAAUAAUGGAGGAAACUGAGAAUAAGCCACAGAGAGCUUCCAGAAGAAAAUUCCCAAGAUCGAACGUUGAAAGAAGUAAAGAUUUUAGAAAGAGAAAAAAGAAAUUUCUUGAAGACAAACUUAAUCAGGUAGAGAUCUUAGAAAGAGAGGCUAAGUCAUUAAGGGAGGAAAAUUCCUGAUUAAAGGAGCAAGUCAAAGAGUUGACGAAUCAAUUAAAGAAUAAAGGAAUAAAAGUUCCAAAAAAGGAGUUUGACCACCCACUUCAUGAAUAUGAGGAUUAUUUAUACAAUCAGCUGGCAAAGAAAUUUCAAUCUAAUCCUGAUGAAGUACGAUUUUCAACAUUCGAGCAAGUGACUGAACACACAAGUGAUUGGAGAAUAGAUUAUCUUAAGACCUGUUUCAAGAAUAUCCUUGACAAUAUAACAAGUAUUGAAUCUAAGUGCUACUUUUCAUCAGUAAAGGAGAUGUCUGUUACCCAAUGGGUUACGAAGAAGAGAGCGAAGAAGAGACAGAUUAAGUAUACUAAAAAGAUAGGAGAAGAGAUAGCCCCCAAAGAAGUUUAUUCUAAUACAGGUGUUAGCGAUGGAGUUAUUGAUUUUAUGGAGAAGAAUAAGAAAGCUUUUAGUAACUUUAAGAAACAAAUCAAAAGCAUAGUCCAGAAUCUUAUAAAGGAAAGAAACAAGCUACUUAAUUUCCUAUACUGCGCUAAGGAAUUCAUGGAGAACUCAGAUUAUGCCAAAGUAUACAAAAAGCAAGACAUUGCUAACAGGUUUGAAGUAGUAGCCCAACUCAAAAACACCGAUUUCCUUACCCCUCACUACCUAUUCGACAUUCCUAAGAAACCCAAAACCACUCUUAAAUACCAAGAUUACGAGCUCACAGAAUAACUCCU